CCAACGGUGUUGACCUAUCGAAAUGGCAUAUCGCUCUACGACGCACAGUUUGAUCCUGAGACGGGGGAGCAGAUUCCCAUCCCGGACGAUGUUAUUGCCGAUGUAGUUACAGUCUUCAACCGUUUCCUCAUUGUCUGCGGUGAUAUGGGAGUUGAUAAAAAGAAUAUUCACGUUGUUGCAACAGAGGCGACUCGCAAAGCUAUCAAUUCAGCUAAAUUUUUGCAAGUUGUCAAAGAAAAGACUGGUUUGACUAUCGAGAUGCUGCCCAAGGAAAUCGAGGGUCAGAUAGGAGCAUUGGGCAUUGCGAGCGGAUUUACCAGACUCUCCGGCCUUGUGAUGGACCUGGGGGGAGGCAGCACCCAAAUCACUUGGAUGGUCAGCCAAGGAGGUCACAUCAGAAUUAGCCCUCUUGGGAGCUUUAGCUUCCCAUAUGGCGCAGCCGCUCUAUCUAGGCAACUGCAUGAUCUGCGGAAGGGCAAGAAGAAGGAUGAAGGGGAUGCAGCUGUCGCCCAAUUUCGACAGGAAAUGAUUCAAAACUUCAGAGAUGCAUAUGCUCAUCUGCAAAUUCCUGACGUUAUGGUUGAAAAGGCCAAAGAACAGGGAGGCUUUCGUAUCUAUCUGUCGGGCGGUGGAUUCCGAGGAUGGGGUUAUCUGCUGCUAUAUCUCAAUCAGUCCCACGGAAAGCAUUAUCCAAUAUCCGUUAUCAAUGGAUACACAGUCGGGAAGGACCAAUUCGAAGAUACAGAUACUGUGAAGCAGAUUGCAAAGGCGGCGAAGGAUGUGUUCCGAGUUUCGGAUCGUCGCCGGUCACAAGUUCCUGCAGUGGCAUUCUUGGUUAAUGUGUUGGCUGAAGCCAUUCCCCAUGGAAUCAGAGAGGCUCACUUUUGUCAGGGUGGGGUCCGAGAAGGAUAUCUCUUCCGGACUCUGUCUCCUGAGGUCAGAGAGCUAUCCCCGCUGGCAGUGGCAACGCAGAACUUCGCACCGAUUUCUUAUCGCACUAUCCAGGAACUGAUUAAGAGUGCCAUCCCGAAGCCUUCGAAGAACGAAACAAAGAAAUUUCCCGAUGAUUUCGGAGAACAUGUUAUCGAUUCGUUUGCCAACGUAAUGUAUGUCCACAUGUUCAUGUCCAAAGAAACAGCAUCGACGACUGCGCUCUACUCAACUAGUGUCGGGAUCAUGUCAUCAACCCAUGGUGUAUCCCAUCAAGAUCGCGCCCGACUUGCGCUGAUGCUUGAAUCUCGAUACCGCGGCGAAUUACCACCUCGAGAGAUGGAAUUCCGCGAAGCGCUGCGCUCCCUUAUUACACCAGAAGAAGUAUGGUGGACCACUUAUUUAGGCAGAGUUGGAUAUUUGAUUACACGACUGUAUCCAUCCGGAGAGAUUGACACAGCAAAGCCUCGAGUCGUCUUUUCUUCUGAGUGGUCAUGGACUAUGGGAAAGAAGAAGAACAAAGAGGGCUUCGUCUUGACGAUAUCGGUGCAGAAGCAGAAGGAGGAUCGUGCACAUCUCAAGCAAGCUUUAGAGGACAAUGUCAAAGUGAUUAAAAAAGUCGGCAAGAAGAAGCACUGGAUUGGAAAAGACGAUCCGUGGGGCAUGAAGGUCAAGGUAGAGGUCGUCGAGGAGGGAAUUUUGGAAGCUCCAGAUUGUUGA